AUGGCUGGAGCAAUGAAGUUGGCUUGCGUGUUCUUGGCCUGCAUGAUUGUGGCCGGUCCAAUCACAGCGAACGCCACUCUGACUUGUGGCACUGUUGUGACCAGCUUGUCACCGUGCCGUGGCUACUUGACCCUAGGUGGUCCCCUUCCCAGAGCGUGCUGCACCGGCGUUAGUAGCCUUGAAGGCUUGGCCCGUACCACACCGGACCGUAGGAUAGCUUGCAGUUGCAUUAAACAAAUCGCUCUAGCCACAGGUGCCAAUCCUGUCCGUUCAGCUGGACUUCCUAGAGCAUGCAAAGUCACUGUUCCUUACCCAAUCAGCGCCAGCACCGACUGCAGCAAGGUGAAAUGA